GAGCGGUAGAUCGUAAAAUAUUGGGUGAGCAAAAGACAUAGCGUGCAAGAUAAGGAGAGGUAGAGCGAGGAAUAGAGCGAGAUACUAAGUAGCAGCCUUCGAUGUUAAAUCGGAACCCCUCAGCUCUGCCAAACCGUGCGUUUGUGUGUUUAUGACAGAAUAUUUCACACCCGAUCAUCGUGUAAACAAACCAUUGUUGUAACGAACACAAUAACCGACGCGCGUGACCAUUGUCAUCUUCUACGUCAUCACUAUCAUCUUCAGCGUCAUCAUUGUCGUCGCCUGCAGCGGAGCUGUGCACAUUAUAGUAACGGUCGCUCUAACACGGCGUGAGAGAUCGAGUGACGCCAACUGGACGCCAGCAUGCCGCUGUGUGAACUAUGCUGCGUCCGUCGGGACGGUCGGUGGGUAGACGACGAGGACGUCGGCAAGCACUGCAUGAUGAUCCUCACGUUUGUCGGAGCAGUGCUGACCUGCUGCGGCAUCAUCUGCCUCCUGGUGGGCAUAUUCGCCGACUUCUGGCCGGACGAGAACGAUAUCUACCCGGGGUACGUGUACCCGUACCCGCUAGAUACACCCGAACAUAUACGCAACCAGAUGACCAAGGCAAACGGCUAUGCCAUAAUAUGUAUGGGUGGUGAGCUCACGGUGAUAGGUGCGAUCACGUUCUGUAUUUCGCAAGGCUAUAGGGUGGUGUAG